UAUAUUUAUCAUAAUCAUUGUGUAACAGGUUGAACUAUUUCGUUUAAACGAGACUUCGGACGUAGAACAUGUGAGGAUUGUAUCACAACUUAUAUUAAGGAUUUAUACAUUUCAAUCAAAAACAAUCAAACAUUCGAUGGAUUCCGUAGAAGGGGCAAACGCUCAACAAGAAGUAGCAAAUGCUGAAUCAGCAGAUGAUACUGGUAAUUUUCAAGCAAUUAGUCACGACAACAAGGAGAACCCAGUGAAGAAUAUAAAGCUGGGAAAGAGUAUGAAAGUUUUAUGUGACGAUGGCUCUAACCUUCCAGAUGUUCCGAUGGAUGAAUAUGCCUGUCUUCCUGGUGCUGGAGGAAUUGGUACAAGUAUUGGAAACGAUAACAAACUAGAUUCAACUGCAAAACAUUCAAAAACUGAAACAGCAAAAUCGUUAAAAGCAGGGUCAGAUAAGGCUGAAAGUCUGAAUGUCUACCAAUCGAUAAGCAUUAAUAUAAAAAACAAAAUACCAAAGGAAGUGGAUGCCAUCUUGCAGUUAGUUUGUGCAUGUCUAAAUUCCAAGAAACCGAUUUCACUAAAAUUGGAGAAUAAACAUUUUAGUACUGCCAAAACUAAAGAUUUUGAUGAAUGGUAUGACAGACUAGAGAAAAAAAUGAAAUCAUAUUUUCUCGAUACUCCGACUGAUUUAAUACAGCUCAGCAGGUCCAGCAACUGUAAUUCGACGUAUAUUUCCUUACAAAUACGUCCAGCUAAACUGUUAUGCUCAUUGGAUACGCAUUUAUAUUUCCCAUCUGUCUCGUCAGUCGAUCAAGUGAAAAACGAGAAGGCUUUUGAAAUCAUAACUCAGGAUAAACAUUUUGGUGAGCUUUCCUUUGAUCACGAUAAAACAUUUGUCCUCAAUCGAACCGUUAAAGGUCUGAGAAGAGAGGAUGUAGAUAUUCAGUUCAAGGAAAUAACUGGGAAAAACAUCCCAAGAACCCUAGUUGAUAUGGCAUCAAAAUAUAUUUCAGCAUUUGCUAACCAUAAGGGAGGAUCUAUUUACUUCGGAAUAGAAGAUAAACAUGCAUUAGUUGUCGGUGUAGAUAUUUCAAAUACCGAUGAAAGUACUAUAGCUAACUCGUUGGAAGAACGGAUAAACAAAAUGCAGUGGUUAAACAGUCCCUUGUCAAUGGAGAAAGGUAAACAUUGGGAUAUAUGGUUUGAAGAAAUUGAUGAGAUGUCAGCAGUAUCUCAGGGGAAAAGACUAAGGGUCAUCAUUGUAUCAGUUGCUGAAAUGCCUGGUGGUGUGUUCACAACCGUUCCGGAGUCAUUUUAUACAGACAACAAUGGAAAUGUUCUACAAUAUACGAAUAUUACACAAUGGAAACAUGAUUUUAUAAAAUUAUACAAAGAAUGCCCAGCUACAAAAGCAGAUUUACAACAAAUAAGCGAGAAGUUAGAUGCAAUUCACAAAGAAAAAGGUGAAAGAACCUUUAGUUUUAACGACAAACAAGAAAAGAAGACAGUUGCUAAAGUUACAAAUAUAACAGAGAGGCAGCUUGUGCAAAAUCCUAUCUUCACUAAAAAGAAUUACGAAUUAUUAACUGAGUUUAUGACCAGCAAGAAGUGUGUUGUUCUUAAAGGCAUAAUUGGGUCCGGAAAAUCGGAGCUAGCACUUAGAUAUUGUUACAAUGCUUCAAAAACAGAAAAUGUAGUAGACACUUGGAAUUUCAAAAGCACAGACAAGUCCUCACUUGAAAAAUCACUGCGCGAUAUUUGUCCUUAUCUUAAUAUUCAUGACAUACCACCAAAACAAGACGAGGAGUUUCAAGAUGAAGUUAUAGACGAGUUAUUUGCAGUUAUAGUAGAAACUGUGAAGAAUGAUAGGCACGAUAGAAGCCACAUCUUUCUGUUUGAUGACGUUAAAGACAUAACACGAGACAUACUUGAUGACAUUUUUCAGAAAUGCAUACGGACAUUCAACAUUAAAUGUAUUAUUACAACAGUACUUGCUUUUGAGCCAGAUGACGAUGUACGUAUAAUUGAUAUCAAAGGCUUCACAGAAGAAGAGGCGUUAGAUUUUAUACGAGAGGGGAAAACACUGACACCAGAUGAAAAAGAAGGCUCUUGUAUCCUUUCACGAAAGUUAAGUUGCAAUCCAAAAGCAUUACAGAUUGUUCGAACCUACAUGAAAUAUGCCAGAUUGAAAAUUGGUGGUAUCAUUGAGCGACUGAAACUACCAUCGGAUAUUUUGAAAGUCGAAGAAAGUCGUGCCGUAAAGAGUAAAGUAAAAGAUAAAAUGUUUUCGCUUUUAAUCAGCAUUUUACGUGAAAUACAUCAAAAAUAUCAAGAGGAUAAAAAAGAAGAAAUAUUUGAAAUGUUUUUGAUGCUACAAUAUAUGCAGGUUGAAAAAAUUCCUGUAACAAUUUUCUCAAAUAUCAAUGUUAAGAAUUCCAGAAUGGAUACUGAUGAUCUACUCUACGUAGUGGAAAACUGUUCAUUUGGAACAGUUGAGGGUGAAGAUGAUGGUAUGUAUGAUUAUCGCUUAUUGAGUACCCAUGAUGUGGUCGUGUUUGCCUUGGAGAUUUAUUGCGAAUACAAAGGAACAAACAUUCAUAGGUCAAAAGAAGAUCUCUUGCAAAAGUUACUAGGAUCGUUUUUCCUAUUAAUGGAUAAAGAUAAUGUAAGCAGAUCCAGUCUCCAACAUCAUACCUUACUUUUACCUCACACACGGUCCGUUAUUAAUCAUUUGAAUGAGUACGUCUAUGCCAAAAUAGCAAGUUCAACGUCAAAUUGGUGUAUUACCAAUACAGAACUGGUUCUGAAGAUGAUCUACAUGAAUGAUCUAGUGGGAUUUACAUCCGGUUUCAUUGAAACGUGCACGUCUUCAAAUAAGUAUUUUGAAAUGGCCAAAUACCUCUUGUUUCAAAUGCUAUGCAUAGAUGAAGACACAUUUGAUGAAGAAAUAAAUCAAUCAUGCGAAAAUAUAACUGAUAUUGAAGCUAUGAAAAAAAUUGCAGAACAAUAUUCGUUACAUAUAUGUAAAGCGAUUGUGUCUUUCAUUCAAAGUACAGAUCAAAUUGAUGUAGUAGAAAAGGUUGCCAAACAGUUUUUGCUGUAUAAAAACCGGAAUAUGGCUGAUGUCGAAUUAUUGAGAAGUAAGCUAGGGAAGAGGAAUCUUGAAACGGGUCCAAAGCUAUCGGAAGAUGAAUACAAAAAACUUUGUGAAGAAGGGUUUGCGAUACCAGAGGAUUAUUUAGGACCUAUUUUCGUGUAUGAAAUUGUCACAUCAGUUCUUUAUACGUGUGGAAGAAGGAUGUUUUAUCUUCCGGGAAGCAGUAAACAUAAAGAAGCAAGAUACUUCUGUGUGUAUUUAUACAUUGCACAUCUAUUACCUACAUACCUUUGUUACAAUAAAGCAGGUGAAAUGACAAAUUUACUAAUAAAGAAAUCCAGUGAGUUACCACAAGUAAUGGGAGAGCAAAACAUCAACGAUGAUUUCGUAGCUAACACAAUUCGACAUCCCGCAGACACUUAUAGUGAUCUUAAAACAUUUAACAUUUUGUCAACUAUGCUUACAGAGAGAAGUGUAAUCCAGUCGACGAUGGACCCAACACUUGCAUUCAAUGAACCCAGCUCUGAGGUUUUAAAAAAGAAUCUUGCAAUUUGUGAAGCUAGAUUUUAUGAAAAAAAACAUUACAUGGAGUUCGGCAUACUUAAGAUGAGCACAGAAGAAAAUGAUUAUAAUAGAAUGCUUUGGUUAAAACAGAUAACAAGAAUAUACCGACUAUUAUUGAAAAAGAAUAAAGAAUUUUCUUCUGUUGGUUUGAAAUGGGCAGAAAGUCUCUCAGCGGAAAUCCAAAAAAUGAAAACUAGUACAGCUUAUCCAAGUUUAAUGAUAUCACUUGGAGAUUUAUAUCUUGCACUAGGUGAAAUAUCGACUGCAGAAUGCUGUUUUAGGGAAUUUAUUCCGAAAUUAGAAGAUAAAGGCAACAAAAAACCAGAUUUAAACAAAUAUCAAAGAAGAGCGUGUAUUAACUAUAUCAAAUGUCGCAUACAAAACUACAACGACAAAAAUAAUGACUUAGAAACACUAUCAAAACUUUUGGCCUUUAAACUAGGAUUAACAUGUCACACAAGAGAGCUGCUUGAAAUGGGGAAACUUGAAAGCAAGUUGAAUCAAAAACUUGAAAAGUAUGAAGAUAUUUAAGGGAUUCUCCACCGAAAAAGUGACAGAUGAAAAGUGUGGGUUCCUGUUAAUUGAUUAGAUUGAAUCAUAUCAAAAUAUGUAUAUAAUAAAGGCUAAUGCUAGUAGAUUGGUAUAGUUAAAUGAGUGAUAUUUGGAAAUACUGUGACUUUAGAUAUAUUAUGUACAUUUAAUAAAUAUUAUAAGAGAUACAAUUAUCGACAAAAAACUUGAAAGAAAAUGUUAACUUCUUAACUUACUGCUUGUAAUAUAUUUGCUUGAACAGACAAUGUUUACAUUACAUCUGUAUUUCUCACUAAAACAGUGAGCUGAUAACACCCCACUUUCUGUUUUUCUCAAUGGACAUAUGUAAUGUAAUGGGAUAGGCAUCUAGCAAAAUAUUCCGCACAAACCUGUGAAUUAGCAUUUACAUCUCACUCUGACUGAGAUUAAACGCUGCAAUAAACAUUACUCUGCUUUUGGUCAUUUUCGUGUAGUGAUUUCGUUUCAUGAUUUGAUACACCCUAUUCUUUCUUUUCUAUUGCAAAAGAAUAGGUAUAAGGAUGGUUAAAUUGAAAUAUUUAUUAAAUUAGAUUUAUUUUCAUAUUGCAUUGUUUUCUAACAAUAAAUCUGAGGUGAAAUGCUAAAUGGCAUAUUGAGAAAAAAAAACUUUUCGGAAUCCUUUCUUGAACAUUUAUGUUGUUAUUUAAAAUACUAUAAUAUACCUCUACUAAUACAUUUUCACUUUG